AUGAACUAUACUGUCAGAGCUUCUACAGGGGAUGUAUUCACAUUAUCACUGUUUUCAGACGUAUGGCGUCGGGAAUCUUAUUAUCAUGAACGAUUGAGGUUGCAAUCACAAGAUUACCAAUACCCAAAGUUGAGAUCACCGAUAUUCGAUGACCGUGACCAAUGUGCUAGUUCCGAGACCCAUGAUAUAGUCAAAGAUUUAACCUGGUCGAAAGAUGGCAGCACUUUGGUGAGCGUGUGUGAAGAUUUCGGGGUGAGAAUGUAUGUGAUGCCAACAGAUUUAUGUGAUGGAGAGCACGAAGAACAAGAAAAUAAAAUUGAUGCCAAGUUGUUGAACCCAUUAAAUCGAAUAUUUAUGAAUAACUCCAUAAUAUCACACAGUGUCAACCCCGGUUUUGAUUUAUAUGGAGAAGAAUCGUACCUAUACAACUUUAAUAAUAUCUUGAUCUCAGAACGUCAGCUACCGAUAAAGUUAGUAUCGUUGAUCCCCACCGAAGACAAUGACAGUCCGGUAAUAUCGCAUUACCAAUUCAGAGAUAUACAAAAUGACAGAUAUUUCGAUAGUUACUCGUUGAAAUUCAUAAGUGGGAAUAAUUUUGUCGCGGGGUCUACUAACUAUCUAGGGGUGUUUAAUGUCGAUCAUUUCGAACCGCUAGCGACAUUCAAGUUGACGAACUUUCUUUCGUUGAAAAACUUUGGGAUAACCAGUUGUAUUGAACCGUUCAAAGAACCAGGGUCGAAUUGUGUUUAUAUGGGGAGCUAUUUGAAUCAGUUUGCGGCCAUUGAUUUGGAUUCGCAAAGUACUAUUGUCACCAAGGCACUCACUCCAAAAGAACACGGGAUUGGUAAUGGAAUAUAUCAAAUUAUCGAGUCUGACAACCACAACUUUGUAUAUCUUCUUUCUCGAAAGACAAACACGAUACCAAUCUUAGAUCGAAGGAUGGGAUAUGAAAUGGUGGAUCAGUUACAAGAUUGGCAUGGUGGGGCUGCCGCUAUUGAUCUUACCAGCCAAAAGUGUUUUGGGGAUUUGUUGGGAAAAAAUCAGGGACUUCUUGUUGGUAACCAGAGAAACGAAGUCAAAGUGUGGAAAGACUGUGCCAUUGGUAUUGGUGGAAAACCAGAUCUCUAUCUAAAUGUUGGCAAUGAUCUUUGCAGUUUGAACACUAGCGAACAUCAUUUUGGCGAUGAGCCUUGUGACGAUGUGAAGAGUGAAGCGACGGCGAUUGGAUCGGUGAGAGUGAAUCCGAAUGGUGAUGAUAAUUACAACAAGAAGAACAUUGUGGCCAUUGCACAAGGCAGCCGCCCACCACCAUCAUCAUCAUCAUCAAAUGUUGUGGUCAAUGGGAUAAAGGUGUACGGGUAA